AUGAUGGUGGCAGACCCCUCCGUAUCCUCUGCUGCAGAGAAGGAGGCGACAUUGACGAGCGCUGCUAACACGACCAUCAUGAAACCGCCGCAGGAAUCUUCGCCACCGCCGUCCUCAUCCUCUGCGAUGCCCACCAAGACCCAACUCCUCAAGCAAGCCGCGCUCUCCCCCCUCUCGCUGCUCUCCUUGCUUCCCUUUCCAUCACCGCAACAGCUUCUCCUUCAGACGCUCUCACUCGGGCCCAUCCCCCGCCAUAUCGCUUUCGUCAUGGAUGGCAACCGUCGUUGGGCCCGCACUUCGCACCAUACCAUCCAGCAGGGUCACCUCACAGGCUUUGCCACGCUCAAAUCCGUCCUCGAAGUGUGUCUCAACUUGCAAGGUCUCGACACCGUCACGGUGUAUGCGUUUGCGAUCGACAACUUCCGACGCAGCGAGAGCGAGGUGAAUGCGUUGAUGGAGAUUGCAAAGACGCGGCUGAUCGAGUUGGCGGGGCAUGGCGAGUUAAUUGCACGCUAUUCGGUGCGUGUGUACAUCGCAGGGCGCAAGGACCUGUUACCGGAUGAUGUUAGGGAGGCGGUAGAGAGGGUCGAAAACAUGACAAAGGACAAUACCAAGGCGACACUCAACAUCUGCAUGCCCUAUGCUAGCAGAGACGAGAUCACGGGCGCGGCAAGGACGUGCCUGGAUCGCAAGAUGAGAGACGUCGAAAAGGCCGCCAUCGCUGCUGCAAAGUCGCAACAAACCCGUGGCGCGGGGGAAAGCUCGCCGCCUUCAUCGCUGGAUCACGUCCUCGAUGAAGUGGAUCUCAAUAUCACACCCCAGGAUCUCUCGGAUGCCAUGCAGCUCGCCCACACUCCACCGCUCGACAUCCUCGUCCGCACCUCUGGCGUCUCGCGCUUGAGCGAUUUCAUGCUCUGGCAGUGCACCGAGUCGACGCACAUGCACUUUGUCGACAAGUUCUGGCCUCAGUUUGGGCUGUUCGACAUGGUGCCCAUCAUCUUGGGCUGGCAGAGGCAUCAGUGGAGCGUUGCGCUUCGCAAGUCUUGUGGCUGGUAG